GUAUCUGAUAGAGAUAGUCAGAUUUUGAGGUCAAAAUCUUAUAAUUUGAUGCUUAGAAUUGUAGGAACCAAUGGGAAUUCAGGUGAGUUCUGGGACUUGGUUGAGACCAUGAAGAGGAAAGGCUUUGGGAUUUCCAAGGAGACAUACUUGAAGAUCCAUGAAAAUCUUGUAAAUGGUGGAAAGGAGGAUGACUUUGGCACACAUUUAAAAGAAGUGUAUCUCUUUAAUACUGAUCAACAUGUUGCUGCGAGAAUGUGCCCAAAGAUAUGUAGGAUACUCGAAAAAGAAGAUCCAGCGGAAAUUCAGAAGAAUUUACUGAAUCUAGACAUUUGUUUAUCAUCCGAUUUGAUUGUUUCUGUAUUGGAAAGAAUAAGCUCCAGUCCACAAAAAGCUCUGGUCUUUUUGGAAUGGGUUAGAGACGUACAAUCGUUUAAAAUAGAUGGUACUCUUUACAAUGCAAUUGCUAAAGUUUUGGGUCGAGAAGAUUGCAUUAAGGAGUUCUGGGCUGUUCUUCAUAAGAUGAGGAAUGCUGGAUAUAAAAUGGAGAAAGAUGUAUAUUUUACAGUCUUGGAUAGGUUUCACAAGAGAAAAAUGGUUGCUGCAGCUGUGGAUUUGUAUGAGUUUGCCAUGUCUGGUUCAGAAAAGCCACCAUCUAGUGAUUUCCUGCACCUUUUAAAAAAGGUUGUUGUAAGCAAAGAUUUGGACUUGGCUUUGAUAUCAAGGAUUGUUAGUAUUUUUAUCAACUCUGGAAAUUCCAUCAGCACAUCAACUUUUAAUGGUGUACUGAAAUCACUUAGGAGUGUUGGCAGACUGGGAGAGUGUGGCAACGUAUUGAAGGCCAUGGAAGAAGGGGGCUUUGUAGCGGAUAGUUCAAUACAUAAUCAAAUAGUUGUAGGAUUGUGCACUGCUGGAAGACUUGACGCAGCUUGUGAGUAUGUGAAGAGCCUGGAAAAAUUUGGCCCUGUUCCAAAUCUUAAGGCCUGGGCAUCUUUAGUUCAAAACCAUGCUCUAGCUGGUGAACUUGACAAAGCACUAUCUUAUUUUCAUGAAAUGGUUGAAACAGAAGGUUGUGGACAUGAAGAAGGUAGCGCCUUUGAAGUAUUGGUCAAUAGGCUUUGUAAGAAGAAUAGAAAUAUGGAUGCUUUCAGGAUUCUUAAAGAGAUGGUCAUGAAGAAGAAAUAUCGACCCCUGCAAAGCACUUAUAAGUUUCUCAUUGAAAAGUUGGUAAAUCAGUGCAGUUUGAAAGAAGCUACGAGCCUUAUUGAGUUGAUGAAAGGGCAAGGCUUUCCACCUUUUGUGGAACCAUUUAUUGUCCAUAUGUCCAAGUCGGGCUCUGUUUCUGAUGCUAUGGGAUUUUUGAAGGCAAUGACUGUUAAGGAGUUCCCAUCUAGAGCAAUCUUUCUACGUCUUUUCAGAGCUUUACUAGAGGCAGGGAGACACGAAGUUGCACAUGAUAUACUUUCCAAAUCACCAGGUGUUAUUGUUACAGGUUUGGUGCCUAUUCCUUUUACUCAUGUUCCAGUCCACCAAUCUAUAUGCCUUUACUUCUUGUGCUACUUAGAAGAAAGUUUUUUUUCCCCCCUUUUUUGUUCUGUUUUGUAUUAAGGAAGGUGUUCUAUGCAUACUUAAUGGGUCAAAAGUAUCUUUUUAGUUGUUUGAUUAAAUGUUUGUAGUAAUGUUUAAUGUUCUUACUAUUUGUGUACAAUUUUGGUUAAUUAUAUCAAUUUGAGAUCAUG